UCAAUUGCUUCGACUUGUUUUUCAAACAAAAGUGAUUCAUUCAUGUUGUUGUCCAUCAGUCGUAUAUAGUUCUUAGCCGCAUGGCGAAGUGUUUUAUUGCCUGCAACAAAAAGAAAAUACAAAUAUAAGCAAAAAAUGGAAUCGGAAAAGCCGCAAGGUGGUGAUAUUAAUACUGAACCUCCAAAGAGUUACUAUACAAUUGUUGCUCCUGGAACAAUUCAAGCGGAUUUGGAUUAUGCUGUCACUGUGACAUUGCACAAGCACACCGGACCUAUUACCGUUCAGAUUACCCUCUCCGGGCCGAGCUGCAAUGAGAACAGAACCUUAGAACUACAACCACAAUCAUCGCAAAUGGCAAUUUUCAAAGUUCCUUCACAGCUGGCAGAUGGCACGUAUGAGCUAAUCGUCGAAGGAACUCAAGGUUUAGUUUUUCGGGAAUCAUCAAAACUAAUUUUUAGAAAUUGCCUGCAUCAAAUCUACAUACAAACCGAUAAGGCCACAUAUAAACCUGGUGAUUUGGUGCUAUAUCGCCUUUUGGCCUUGGAUAGAAAUCUAAAACCGGCCAACUUUUCGGAUCCAGUCGAUUUAGUAAUACGUGAUGGUGCCUCAAAUCAAAUUAAGCAAGUAAAGGAUUUGAAAUUCAACAAAGGGGUAUAUCGGGGUGAAUUUCAACUCUCCGACCAACCGGUUUUGGGCAAAUGGAGCAUCGAUGUUAACGCUGGUCGGGACAGUCUAAUGAAACUCGGUAAAAGUUUUGAGGUGGCCAAAUAUGUGCUACCCAAGUUUAGUGUUGAAAUUGAAACCGAGCGGGAAAUUGCCAUCUUGGAUAAGCAAAUCAAAGUUACCGUUCUCUCCAACUACACCUAUGGCCAGCCGGUAAGGGGCAAAUUGCAAGUUAUUGCCAAGUUAAAGCAAUAUUGCCAAUUACUUGGAUGUGCCGAGAAAACCAUCGACUUCAAUGGCAAAGCUGAUGUGGAAUUCGAUUUUAUGGAAGAUCUGGGUUUACAACACCCAACGGAGGAUGAAUACGGAGAUUGGCAAAUACAUCUUAAGGCCGUUGUCCUAGAAGCUUUUACGGACAUUCAACAGAGCAGCACAACAGAGGUGAACUUGAGAAGAUCUCGUUACAAAAUUACCCUAUUGGAUUACCGACCAGAAUAUGAACUGAAUAAACCGUUUGAAAUUCGAGCAGCGGUCAAAUAUCUUAACAAUCGUCCUGUAACAAAUGCCAAACGACCAGUUCAACUUAUUAUUAGCCAAGAUUAUGUUACGAAUUUCCAAGCCAAAGACCAUGACUUGUUUUUUCAAUCGGAAAUAAAUCCGGAUGGCAUUGUUGUUUUUACCGUGACCAUAGCUGAGGAUAAGGACUAUUCCUGGAUGACAUUUCGAUUUGAGGAAGAAGUUCAAUCCGAAUAUGGUCUAUAUCUAAAGCCAGCAGCAGCAGCAGCAGCAAGUGAUGAGGUUACGUCAACAGAAACGUAUGAGUUGCCUUUGGAAUUAAAUCUGCAAACUGAAACACCACAACUUGGCGAAGAGUUGCUAAUCGAAGUUAAAUCCAAUGCCCCGCUAUUGAAUUUCGUGUACUUUAUUAUUGCCCGCGGCAAAAUUGUACAACAUAAGAUGGUCAAUUUGAGCGGGACAUCAAAAUGUUAUAGCCUCCAAGUGAUGGCCACCUUUGAUAUGGUGCCGGUGGCCUAUGUGUUUGCCUAUUUAAUUGAUCAAGCCGGAGAAUUUCAUCACUGCCACGUUGUUAUCAGAUUUGAGAAAGUUUUUCAGAAUCCGCUUAACAUCAUCCCAUCUCUUGAAGAAACCAAACCUGGUGCAGAGUUGACAUUGAGUAUAGAAACCGAUCCGGAAUCGUUGGUGGGUCUGAUGGCCGUAGACCAGAGUGUAUUAUUGCUGCAAUCGGGAAAUGAUUUUAACGAUGUUCACAUCUAUCAUGGUCUAAUUAUUUAUGAAUCUCGGCUACACGUUGAGGACGUAUGGGCCAUGCCUUAUCCAGGAAAACGUUGUGGAUUGGUGGCCCUAACGAAUGCCUUCCAAAAGAAACCAAAACGUAAAAUUCGUUGCAGAGCUAUGAAAUGUAAGGAGUCAGUUGCACGCCAAGAUAUGGAAUUUGCUGAAGAUGAAUUACGCGAUCGGGAACGGUCCCUGGAUGAGGAUACAUGUAUUGCUCCGGUUCGUAAAAAUUUUGUGGAAACUUGGAUUUUCGAUGAUAUUGAAUGUGCUAGUGGCCGAACAGCCUUUACCAAAACCAUACCUGAUACCAUAACAUCAUGGAUUAUAACCGGAUUUUCAAUUAAUGAAAAAACCGGCUUCGGCAUGACCGAUGAAGCAACAAAAGUUCGGGUAUUUCAACCAUUCUUUGUGAGCACAAAUCUCCCAUAUUCGAUAAAGCGCGGUGAGGUCGUGUCCAUACCAAUUGUGGUGUUCAAUUACACGGCCGGUGAUUUGCAGGCAGUUGUCACCAUGGAGAAUGACCUAAACGAAUAUGAUUUCAUGGAGGACACCAACAAUGCGCAAAUGCUAAGUAAAAAGAUCCUUAUACCCUCCAAUGGCAGUGAAACGGUCAAUUUCAAAAUUAAACCCAAAAUUGUUGGGGAAGUAAUGUUAAAAAUCAAGGCCAUAACCCCCUUGGCCGGAGAUGUUGUGCAUCAAAAAUUAAACGUAGAACCUGAAGGUGUUACACAACAUAAAAAUGUUGCCCAUUUUAUAAAUCUAUCUGAACAGGGACAAACCACCGAGCAUAUCUUGAAAGCCAUCAUUCCCCAGGAUAGGGUAGACGACUCGGAAUAUUUAGAAUUCACAGUUGUGGGAGAUAUUCUGGGACCCACCAUCAAGAAUAUCGAUCAAUUGAUACGCAUGCCAUACGGCUGUGGCGAACAAAACAUGAUGAAUUUUGUGCCGAAUAUUUUGGUGGUGAAAUAUCUAAAUGCCAUUGGUCGGGACAUGCCAGGGCUGAUGGAGAAGGCCAAAAAAUAUAUGGAAACGGGAUAUCAAAAGGAAUUAACCUAUAAACAUGGCAAUGGUGCGUUCAGCACCUUCGGAGAGGGCAGCAGUGAAGCGAAUAGCUGGCUAACGGCCUAUGUGGCACGUUCGUUUAUUCAGGCCCGCAACUUAAUCACCAUUGAUGAGAAAAUUAUUGAGGAUGCCUUGCAGUAUCUGCUUGGCACACAAAAGGACAAUGGACAAUUUCCACAAACGGGAGAGCUGUUUCAUUCUUCCAAUCAAAAUGAGCUGGGAGUAUCGGCAUUUAUACUAAUGGCUUUCUUGGAGGAUAAGGUCUACGCCUUAAAGUAUGCAACGGCAGUCGAGAGAUCUCUGCAAUACCUUGCCAACAAUGUGCAAACGGAAGACAACAUUUAUUCGCUGGCUCUCAUUCUAUUUGUCUUUCAAAAAACCAAACAUCCUCUGACCAAUCAAGUAAACGAGAAAAUACAACAAAAAUCGAAAUUUGAGAAUAAUUUGAAAUGGUGGUCCAACUCCACCGAAUAUAACAACAAUAAUAUUGAGGUGACCUCCUAUAUUUUACAAUCCAUGUUGGAAAUGGAGGCACAGCAGCUGGGAGACAUUGUACCAAUUAUAAAAUGGCUAAUAUCGCAACGUAAUAAUUUGGGUGGUUUUGAUUCGACACAGGAUACUGUUGUUGGACUCAAGGCAUUGGUGGCUUUUGCUGAAAAAUUCUCCUCAACGGGCGGGGAUGGUGGUGAAAAUCUUAAAAUCCACUACAAGGGACUGGAUGAGGCAGGUGUGGAAACCACACUGGGUUCUUUUGCCGUGGAUCGAGAGAAUUCAUUUAUUUUACAAAGUUAUUUGUUACCCAAGUCCACACGACAGCUUAGCCUCACUGCCAGUGGUCAAAAGGGGGCAUCAGCUUUGUUGCAAUUAUCCUAUCAGUACAAUGUCAAUGUGCCAGAACAAGAACCCAACUUCCACAUUGAGUAUACAGCCAAAACAACUCCCGUCCCUGGACAAUUCGCAAUGAAUGUCAGUGUCGAAUAUAAACCCCACUACUCGGUUGAGGCGAAAGAAUCAAAUAUGGCGGUUAUGGAAAUUAGCCUGCCAUCGGGAUACAUCACUCACAUCGAUAAUCUGGCAGCGAUACAAAAUGAUCCUCGCGUCCAAAGAGUGGAAACGAAAAAUGACGACACCAUCAUAGUAAUCUACUUUGAACGACUGGUUGUGGGAGAGCAGAGCUCCUUUGAUAUUUUUGCCAACAAGUCGCAUGCGGUGGAUAAUUUGAAACCCUCGCCGAUUACAAUUUAUGACUACUACAACACGAAUCAGCGAGCUACGGUUUUAUAUCAGAAAUGAUUUUGUAAAAAGAUAUAGUUUUAAAGACUGCUAAUAAAUAUAAUCCUGGAUUAAACAAGUAAAAAAAACUGUAGGUUCGGACGGGCCGAACUUUCAAUGCCCUCCACCAUUUGGAA